AUGUACGGCCUCUAUCUACGACGUCCCUUCUGGGACACGGUGCUCCCGUUGAUUCAGGGCAACCGCCGCGAGCGCCAGCUCCAGCGCAAGCAGGGUGGUCUGCUCCCCGAGGACUACGAGCGUGUCCAGCGCGACCAGCGUCGUGACGAGAUGAUGGCGUCUCAGUCCUCUACGGGUGAUAUGCUGAUGGAAGACUCGUAUGAUGCGCCCGAGUUCCAGGCCGAGGAGAGGCAGCGCCAGGCGAGCGAUGCCAAGCGGCAAAAGCGCCUCCUGCGCAAGCGCUGGGGCGGUCUGACUGAGCCGAAUGGAGUCGAAAAGGCUGAACACAAGUACAGUACGGCGGUCUUCCGCAUAAGCCCCCGCAAGCUCAACCUGCUCGCGAACCAGAUUGCCGGUAAGCCGAUCGACUUUGCGAUCUUGCAGAUGCAGUUUAGUGCGAAGCGCGCUGCACGCCGUAUCAAAGCGACUCUUGCCAUGGCCCGUGACCAUGCGGAGGCCAAGGGCAUGGACCCAGCCACGCUUAUUGUGUCGGAGGCUUGGGUUACCAAGGGUGACUACCUGGCGCGCCUGGAUAUCAAAGGCCGCGCGCGCAUGGGCAUCAUGCAUCACCCGCAGGCCCGCAUGAACGUGGUCCUGCGGCCCGGCAAGACGCACGAGGAGCGCGAAAAGGAGGCGUUCGAAAAGGCUCGCCGCCAAGUGCGCCGUCUUGGUGGCGGCGGCGUCGUGCGUGGCAACCCCAAAAUUGUGAAUGGUUUCCAGCGUCCCGGCUGGGCUUGGUAG